ACAGACCAGACUUUAUUCUUUUGUUAACUUCACUACCUACGUUUCUUGAGCAAGUACACGCUUCGGUAAAUCCCUAUUGAAAUGGAAAUGUACUUAAUACACUUAGCAAACUGACUGUUUUGAAUGCAUUGCAGUAGAGCCCACGAUCAAAUGGAGUUGUAAGGGCAAAACGAUUGUCUUUUCGCGGGACUUAUUUCAUUUUUUUUCAUAGUCUACUCUAUUUUGGAUUUGAUAAGCAUGAUCCUACGUUGUUUGCUCCAUAAUAUGUGAGCCACUGUGCUGAAUGGCAAAUGGUGGAAAUGACAUCAGCUAGCGCUUCCGUUAGAGGUAGCCUCGGCUGUUGUGGUCUCCCUGUACUAUCAUCGCCAGAUUCACAUCCUCUCAAAGACUUGUUGAGUUGUGAGUCGACCAGCACUCUCGAUUCGUUUUCAAUUUGUGCAAUCUCGGAUUUUAUAUCAAUUCACCGGACAAUUUUUCUCUUUUACAUUCUGUCUCUCGACAUCUUCAGUGCCGUGCCACAGUCACCCUGCAGAGGUCCAGACAGUCUCUCACCUGCACUGCAACCCAGUUCCGAUGGGGUGUAUACUACCCAAGAGGCAAAAGAACUUGGGCCUAGAAGGUGAUAUAAAAGUAUACGAUCUACAAGCUCGCAUUGACUCACACCCUACAUCUUUGAUCGAAUCUUCUUACACAGUACUGAAGUACCAGACACCCCAUUUUAGAGCAUCUGCAAAGGUGCGCUUUCCACCAAUAAGCGGCAAUGACACUUGGCAGGUGGGGUGGGUACAAGGCUGUAGCAAUAUGGACUUUAUGAUUACAUACGGAAACCUAGGAACAUCAAGCUGGGAAAUACCAGCAUUGAAGACAGGCCAACAGCGUUUUGUGAGUGAUUCGGAUGGGAAACACUACCCCUGGUACGGGUGCACAACCGAGGUUGCCACUGCCUCAGGACCGACAAACUGUUGGACAAAUUUGAACCUUAGGAUGAAUGAUAAUUUCCACCCAUCGAUCACCUGGGAUAUACCUGUACGUAAUAGUCACCAGGUGAAAUUGACUCGCUUGGCCCGAGAUCAAAGUUUUACCGUCUGGCUUGUGGCUAUAAAUCAAACUACUGGACAGAAAUUUGUUCUCCGGACUGUAAAAUGGAGGAUGCAAAUUAAUAUAGCCGUGGACGGUACACAACCGCUCGGAAAACGAGCACGGCUCUUGGAACCUAAAAUACAGGAGCAACCUGUUAUUCUAGAAUCGUGGCAAAAUGAAGUUGCUCCACCAGAAUCGCUACGAGCGCCAAAUGCAAAUAACGCACAAAGCUUAAUCUGGAGACCAACGACCGGUGGUGAUGUAGUUAUUGUACCGCCAGUGUCUUCCUAGAAUACUUUCACUAAAAUUCCUUCAGUACUUGGACUUAAUUUUUCUAACGGGAAAGCGCAAUCUUUUUCAUCACUACUAUGAUUUCUUGCUCUGAAAGUCACUAAUUUUUGUUUUUGUCUUCCGUGGAGAUACGAUCAACGUUUUGUUUUAAUUAUCAUUGGUGCUACAGUUUAUAUCUAUCAAGACGUGCUUAAUUGAUAUUUUUGUACAAAAAAAAACACUUUGUUUAAAAAUUUCUCAAUAAGGAGAGAAUUAUUUGUUCUCAAGAUGUUUAUUGAUUUCUUCGAAAAACAAAUCAGUAAGAAAUAUAUAUUAAUCAACUCAACAAGUGAGAGUGUGAGAAGAAGGUGAAUAAAUACAAAUGUGUAUAAAACAAAA